UAUUAGUGAACUAGUAUCUCAAAUGCCAACUUUUAUUUAAUCCCCAUUGAACUCCUUUUCUUAUUUGAACAAUCAUAUGUGUGUCAUUUUCAUUUCAACUUCCGGGUUGGGCGGCUUGGGUUAUCCGGAUUAUGAGUUAGUCGGGUUACUGGUUCAUCGGGUUGUAGGUCAAUGGGGUUGCGGGUUGAUCAGGUUAUAAGUCGUUGGUUUUUAGUAAGAUCAAAUUGCGUUCCGGUUCUGGAGCGAGUUACGAGCCGAGUUAAUCGGAUGGUUUAUUAGGAUCGGAUUGUAUUUUGACACCUAAAACAGGUUGGGCUGGACCGAGCUACGCAAAAGUCAAUAUCUCUCGUGAAACAAUUCGAUUGGGCCAUUGCCAGAAAAUGCCCAUGCCAAAGUAGUCCGACCCAUUUUAAUUAAUUUUUUUAGUUUAUAAAAAUUGUUUCUGGUGUCGCCGGAGUUUUCUGUGGGCUUCAUCUGACAGAGGAGGAAGAAGCGGAAGAGAAAGACGCCGAGACGACAGCGGGAAGGAGGAGGAAAGAGAGGAACCACCACGGCGGCGGAGGUGGGCGGUGGACGGAAGAGGAAAACGAGGAUGGGAGUGGAUUACUACAAGGUUCUACAGGUUGACCGUGGAGCCAAGGAAGAUGAUUUGAAGAAAGCGUAUCGUAAGCUGGCGAUGAAAUGGCACCCUGAUAAGAACCCUAAUAGCAAGAAGGAAGCCGAAGCUAAAUUCAAGCAAAUCUCCGAAGCAUACGAUGUUCUAAGUGAUCCACAAAAGAGGGCGAUUUACGAUCAGUACGGAGAGGAAGGUCUGAAGGGGCAGGUACCUCCGCCAGGAGCGGCGCCGCAUGGCGGGUUUGGACAGGAUGCUGGUUCGGGUGCUUUUCGGUUCAAUCCGCGAAGCGCAGAUGAUAUAUUCUCUGAGUUUUUCGGGUUCUCGAGUCCCUUCAAUGGGAUGGGGGACAUGGGAGGUAGCUCAAGGGCUGGACCUUCUGGGUUUCCCAGGGGUAUGUUUGGGGAUGAUAUCUUCUCUUCCUUCAGGACUGCCGCCGGGGAGACCUCUGGUAUUCCACGGAAAGGGGCUGCUAUAGAGCGGACAUUGCCGUGUAGUUUGGAGGAAUUGUAUAAGGGCACCACCAAAAAGAUGAAGAUUUCGAGGGACAUUAUUGAUCACAAUGGGAGACCAUCGACGCUAGAGGAAAUUCUUACAAUAGAGAUCAAGCCAGGUUGGAAGAAAGGAACAAAAAUCACAUUUCCAGAGAAAGGCAACGAGCAACGCGGGGUGAUACCAUCUGACCUGGUGUUCAUCAUCGACGAGAAGCCUCACCCAGUAUACAAGAGAGAUGGCAAUGACCUAGUAAUCACUCAGAAGAUCUCUCUAGUGGAAGCACUCACCGGUUACACGGCACAGGUGACGACCCUCGAUGGAAGGGCUCUCACUGUCCCCAUCAAUGCCAUCAUAAGCCCAACCUAUGAAGAGUUUGUUAAAGGUGAAGGGAUGCCCAUCCCAAAAGAGCCUUCCAGGCGUGGGGCAUUGAAAAUCAAGUUCAAUAUCAAGUUCCCCAGCAAGCUGACAGCAGAGCAGAAAACUGGUCUUAAGCGGUUAAUCUCUUAGAGAGAAAGAUCUUUGCUCCUAAAUAGAUGGUCGUGGCUUCCGUACCAUCUCUUCCAGACUUGUGUAAACUUGGCAUAUUUAUUUUUCAUCCCCGGGAAGGAAGCUUAGCAUUCCUGGAACUGGGAAUCAUGUGACAUCAGUUUCUGCUAGAGUUGGAAAGUCUUGUUUUUUUAGUGGUUCAUCCUUAGAAUGCCUCUCUUCUUCUUCUUCUUCUUCUUCUUCUUCUUCUUCAGGUAACCUUUCAGUGUCAAUUUGUUUUUGCCACCGAUGCUGUUGAUUUCUAAAUUAAUUGGUUUUACUUUGCUUCUUGAUGUCUGUGUCUGUUCACGCCCUGUAAACAUGUUUGAAUCGUCAGCUCGUGCUGGCUACUCCUUGUCUUUUGUUGUGGGGAUAAAUAAUGGGUUAAUACCUUAUUUUUUUGUCCGAACUAUGAUCAUAUAAUUAACUUUGAGCCAUGGUUUCAGAAAUUAACAUUAUGGUCUCGACUAUGCAGCAUAUUGACUUAAUUGGCUGACACAUGGUUUGACCGUUAAUAUGGACGGUCAACACUUCAUGUCAUUGCCUUGUCUUGUCAGUUUAAAAAUCUAAAAAAAAAAAAAUCAAAUUAUUUUUCUAAUUUCUCUUAUUUAUCAUUUUCAAAUUUUUUAAAAAAUUGAUAAUUUUUGGUUAAUUUAUAAAAUUUAUCAUUUUCAAAUCAUCGAAAAAAAAUAUUUUUUUAUAUUUAUUAUUUUUUAAUAAUUUGAUAAUGAUAAAUAAUAGAAAUUAGCAAAAUAAUUUGAAUUUGAAAUUUUUAAUAAUUUUUAGGCUGACGAGGCAAUGACAUGGCGUGUUGACUAAUGAUCAACAGUAUUUACCGUCCAAAUUGACGGUCAAACUAUGUGUCGGGCCAAUUGAGUUUAUAUGUUGUAUAGUUGAGGCCAGGAUGUUAAUUUCUGAAACUACGGACCAAAAUUAAUCAUAUGAUCAUAGUUCGGGGCAAAAUAAGGUAUUAACCUAAAUAAUGAGAUGUGCUAUUUGCCAUUCUAAAAAUUUGAAAUUUACAUUUGACCAUCGUCUCCUCCAUCUAUCUCUUACUCAUAGGAUAGCAAAGAAGAUCCAAAAUUUGGUUAUUUCUCAACCUCAAUUUAUUAUUGGUUAAAUCAAAUUUGAGUUUUAUUAUUUUGGAUAUAACCAUACCAAACCAUAUCCAAACUUUUAGUUUGUGUCUAAAUUAAAUGUAUUGAUACACGCUUAAUCAUACAUCCAAACCGUGAGUUUCAGGCAUGAUGGCAGAAGCACUUAUGAAAGUCACUUCACGGUUGUGACUUUGUCUCUAUUGCGGUAUAAAUCGGUUUUUUACGAAUUCUGAAGGGGAGUUGAAUUUUAGGAUCCAAACACCCAAGAGACAAAUCCUAAAUAGAGAGACCGAUACAUUGAUGAUCUUGGAGCGAAAUUGGAGGAUAUAUUCACCAUCAUAGCUCAAUAAUCAAGGUUGGAAGUGAAGGUUGAGGAUUAAGAGCAGAUUUAUGUAUUUUUUUCCUCGCUAUAGAGUAAACUUCAUUUCACUUG